AGAAUGCAGACCUUUGUAAAUAUUUUUCUGGGAUUUUUUAUCUUUGAGUCUGUUGGAGCUGCACCUAUCACUGAUAACAUAAUUUAUGAUUCUGAGUUCUAUGAUGUACCACUUGGAGAACUGCCUCACCUAUUUGUCUAUGAUGAAAAUGAGCAAUCUGACCAAUUAGAGACAGAGAUUGGGACAGAACUACCUUCUGUAAUUCAAGAGAGUUAUUCUUCUGCUCCAUUGACAGAAGAACCUGAGGAGGAAGCAUCAACGCCAAAAUUAAUUGAUGGGUCUUCAGCACAGGGGUCUGGGGUUGCUGGACUCCAAACUCAAGACGAGCUUCCUACUUGCCUUUUGUGCAAAUGCCUAGGAACCACAGUCUACUGUGAUGAUCAUGAGCUUGAUGCUGUUGCACCAUUGCCUAAGAAAACCACGUAUUUCUACUCACGCUACAACAGAAUCAGGAAGAUCAACAGAAAUGACUUUGCUAACUUAAACAAUUUAAAGCGGAUUGAUUUGACUGCAAACUUUAUAUCAGAGAUCCAUGAAGAUGCCUUCCGGAGACUGCCCCAACUUGAGGAGCUGGUGCUCCGUGACAAUAGGAUAAGGCAACUCCCUGAGUUACCAUCUACCUUAAAAUUCAUCGAUGUCAGUAAGAACAGGCUUGGUCACAAGGGGAUACGUAAUGAGGCAUUUAAAGAUCUGCAUGAGCUGCAGCAUCUUUACAUUACUGACAAUAACUUAGAUCAUAUUCCAUUGCCGCUCCCUGAAAGCCUUCAAGCUCUUCAUCUUCAGAAUAACAACAUUCAAGAGAUGCACGAAGACACUUUCUGCAAAAUGAAAGAUUUUACUUAUGUACGAAGGGCGCUUGAAGACAUCAGACUGGAUGGUAAUCCCAUCAACCUGAGCAGAACACCAUAUGCAUACAUGUGUCUACCCCGUUUGCCAGUUGGUAACCUCAUCUAAGCUUUGACAGAAGCCAAUACUGUC